AUGAAACUCCGAGACCAAGUAACACAAGAAGAGACAAAGGAGGCUUCGUCGCCCCAAGCUACCACUCGCACGCAGCCCCCAACCAUUGCACGGGUUGAAGCCGCAAAAUAUGGGCUUCAGAUUGACUCGAAUGGUCUCGUGACAUGGGGACCAGGCAGUCGGUUGCAUCCCAGGAAUUGGUCCUUUUCUAGGAAAGCGUAUGACACAGGGAUUAUCAUCUUCGUCGACUUCUUUGAAACGGCCGUGAGUACUGCCGGGGCCAACGCCGGCGACCAAGCCCAGAACCAGCUGGGCCUGGACCGGACGCUUACUGUGUUCAUCUUCACAUCGCUUUAUCUCAUUGGCCAAGGGAUUGGGGGCCUGGUGUUCCCGUCAUACUCCGAAUCGUUCGGCCGCAGGUGGUUAUACAUCGGCAGCGGGAUUCUCUUCGCUGCCUUCUGCGGCCUCAUCGGCGCUGUUCCCUCUGUGGCCGGCGUCGUUAUCGGCCGCUUCAUGACGGGCAUCUUCUCCUCUGUCGGUUGCAUCGUUGCUGCCGGCAGCAUCGAAGACAUGUGGGAUUCGCGCGCUCGAGUGUGGCUCAUAUUCGCCUGGGGGACAACGGCCAAUCUUGGCAUGGUCGUCGGUCCCAUCAUGAGCGCCUACAUCAUCCCUCCCCUCGGUUGGCGUUGGGUCUUUUACAUCUCAGCCAUUGUCUGCGCCGUCUCAGCAGUCUUUCUCCUCCCACUUCGGGAGUCCCGCCCUUCCCUCAUCCUCCGCCGCACUGUAGACAAGAUUCGCAAACAGACCGGUGACACUACCCUCAAAACCUCCUCCCCGGACGACAUGCCCGAUCUACAGACCUUCAUUCGAACCUCGGUCCUCCGCCCAGUCCACCUCUUCUUCACCGAAAUCAUUGUCUUCACAGUCUCCCUCCUCUCCGCCGUCGCCUUUGCCCUCAUCUACCUCUUCACCGAGGUAGUCCCGCCCAUCUUCGCCUCCUACACCAACCCACCCCUCACCCGAACCCAACAGAUCAUCCCGUGGAUCGCCAUCGGUGCCGGCCUCCUCCUCGGCGCCCUCACGCGCACCUGGGACCACCGGCGCCUCCGCAACCGCAAGACCGCCGACAUCGCCCCGGAGGACAAGCUCAUCGGCUUCGCCCUCGGCGCGCCCGCCCUCGCCGUCGGCCUCUGGUGGUUCGCCUGGACGGUACCGCCCGCUGGCUCCUCCGUCCCCUGGGGCGUGCCCGCCGCGAGCCUCGUGCUCGUCGGCUGGGCCCUCAACGAGUUCGACGUCGUCCUGGCCGGCUACAUGGCCGACACCUACCGCGCGUAUGCCGCCAGCGGGUUCGGCGCUAUGGCCCUGCUGCGGAGCGCCCUGAGCGCCGCGUUCCCGCUGUUUGCGCCGCACAUGUACCAGGCGAUGGGGUAUAACUACGCGGGUACGGUGCUGGCGGUGAUGGCGACGGUGUUUUGUCUUGUGCCGCCGGUGUUCAUGCGUUAUGGGGCGGCGAUUCGGCGGAGGAGUAAGUUUGCGAUGUGGGCUUUGGGUUUUUGGGAGGAGGAUGGGGCGACAUCGGUGGGAGAGGACUCGGAGGCACCGAUUAUGGAAGCCAAAAGAUAA